AAGUUAAUUGAACGAUUCACCAGGGCCACUAGCUUUGUUUUCUCGCCUUGUCGCAGCUAUAAUAGCCACAAUCCCCUCCCAAAUUCAAACGCCACACCGUUUCCCUUCGCCUUCACUCCUCUCUUAUCUAUAUAUAUAUAUCCCUUCUUCUUCAAUUUUCCUAUAACCCCACCUACCAGAAAAAGAGUUGAAUUCUCCAUUUUCUUACUUUUUUUUAAUGCACUCCAGGUGUUCGAUAAAAGUCCCGUAUUGGUAUUUUUUAAGCUGAGGGGGUUGGGUGUUUGGUUAAAUUGGUUUUGAAGGGGUAAUACCCAGGGUCAGACAAAUUGUGGGCAUCACGGCUAUACACGGAGUUUCUCGGCCUGCUGGUCAUGUCCUUGCUGUACGACGUAAGGGUUGUGUGAUCGAGAGCAACCCUUCGCCGCACGGUGGGCGUGGAGCUUUGCCUUCCGAAGGCGGUAGUCCUUCUGAUCUACUCUUCCUUGCUGGUGGUGGUCUUGUCGUUUAGGUUUUCGGUAAUAUAUAUAGAUAACUUUUAGUCUAUAUAAAAGAAAAUCCGUUGAAGCUUGUUGAGAUCGCUCGUAAGAAGAAGAAGAAGAAAAGGCUGUUGUUUUCCUUUGUUUGAUAUUUAUUGGAUAAAGAAAGAAGAUAAGUAGUAGCAAAGAUGAUGCUCAGGAUUAAGAGGGUUCCCACUGUUGUUUCGAAUUACCAAAAGGAUGAGGCGGAGGAUGCUGGUCGUCGUAGCGGUGGAUGUGGAAAGAAUUGCCUUAGAAGCUGUUGCGUUCCAGGAGCAAAGCUUCCUUUAUAUGCUUUCAAGAAGGUGAACAAUAUGGAGCUUGAAGAAGACGUGCUUAAAAUUGAGAACAAAGAACCCCCAGUUGCUUUUCUUGACUCACUCGUUCUUGGAGAGUGGGAGGAUCGGAUGCAAAGAGGACUCUUUCGCUAUGAUGUCACUGCCUGUGAAACCAAGGUGAUUCCCGGUGAAUACGGCUUUAUUGCCCAGCUGAAUGAGGGCCGCCAUCUUAAGAAGAGGCCAACCGAGUUCCGUGUUGAUACGGUACUUCAGCCAUUUGAUGGCAACAAAUUCAACUUCACCAAAGUUGGGCAAGAAGAGGUACUCUUCCAGUUUGAAGCAAGUGAAGAUGGUGAAGUUCAGUUCUUUCCAAAUGCUCCCAUCGAUGUUGAGAAUUCUCCAAGUGUCGUUGCCAUUAAUGUUAGUCCCAUUGAAUAUGGACAUGUGCUGUUGAUCCCUCGGAUUUUUGAAUGCUUUCCUCAGAGGAUUGAUCAGGAGAGCUUCAUGCUUGCACUUUAUAUGGCAGCUGAAGCCGGGAAUCCGUACUUCAGGUUUGGUUACAACAGUUUGGGCGCAUUUGCUACAAUCAAUCAUCUUCAUUUCCAGGCUUACUAUUUGGCUAUGCCCUUUCCCAUCGAGAAAGCUCCAACAAAGAAGUUAACUUUGACCGGUGGAGUGGUGGUCUCGGAGCUCUUAAAGUAUCCAGUGAGAGGUCUCGUGUUCGAGGGUGGUAAAACUCUCCGGGACUUGUCUGAGAUUGCAUCUGACGCCUGCAUUUGCCUCCAAGAAAACAACAUACCAUACAAUGUCCUCAUCUCUGAUUGUGGAAAGCGGAUCUUUCUCCUCCCACAGUGUUAUGCCGAGAAACAAGCGCUUGGGGAAGUGAGUCCGGAGCUUUUAGACACGCAGGUGAACCCAGCCGUGUGGGAAAUUAGUGGUCAUAUGGUGUUAAAAAGGAGGAAGGAUUAUGAUGAAGCAUCUGAAGAAAAUGCUUGGAGGCUACUUGCCGAGGUUUCUCUCUCUGAAGAGAGGUUUUGCGAAGUCAAUGCACUUAUUUUUGAAGCCAUCGCAGGCAGUGAAAAUGUUAUUGGAAAUGGCACUGAAACUUUACUCAAGGCUCCUCCUCUCGAAAAAGACGAUGUCAUUGCCGAAAGCUCCCACCGCGGUAUGGUGUCUGGCGCUCAAGAGUGCCUUGUUUUGGAGUAACAAGCAGAAUUUGUACUAGAGCACUGCCCCUUUGAGUCUGGGGUUCAGAAUUUUGGUGUCUUCUGUCCAGGACGACAAUUGUUUUUAGAACCUAUGUUACUCGGAUUCAAAUGGGAGUGUUCGAUUCCGAGUUGUAUCCGACACAGGUAUUGUUUAGAAAUUUCCCAGUUUUUCCAUGUUUGGAGGAUUCUUGGAGUUCAAAUCCUCGUGUCCGUUUGUGAACUUUAUGCUUAUUUGCUCCAUUACCAUGAUGAAGUCUAUAAGAUCAUGUGAAAAUGCAAUGUAAUGUCUGCUCUUGUGCUGAGCUCUAAA